AUGUCGUCCGCUGAAAUAGCAAGCACGGUGUCGAGCUCGGCGCUGCCAGCGCCGAGCUCGCAAUCCAACGGCUGUGUCACGUGCACCGAUUCCGUGUCGUGUCCACAGUGCGCAGCCGACGAAUACUGCGCGGUGACGGUGCAGACGUGCGCACAGUGUCCACAGACGUACUGCGCGAAACGAACGUCGACGCUGUCGAGCUCGUCUAACAGCUCGUCAAACGGGUCGUCGCAGUCGCACGGCGGCCACGGCGCCAGUGCGUCGAAAGUCGGCGGCAUCGUCGGCGGUGUCGUCGGUGGAACCGCGUUUCUGAUCGCGAUCCUGCUCGUGUACCUGUACGUCAAGUACUGGUCCAAGAACAAGGCCCACAACCGCAACGUGCUCGUCGCCGAGGGUCGUCACGACGAAGAUCUUCUCGACGAUCCGGAGUCGGGUGGCUACGAGAAAAACGGGCACCUGCAGGGCCCUGGGGGCCCUGCAGGUCCAACCGGACUGCACCGGCCCGGCAACAGAAGCAGUGCCGCAACGGUCACGACGCGUGCAUCCUCGAACAUUCUACCAAUCGCGUAUAUUCCGGGUGUCACUGCGGGCAAACAGGGCAAGCUACCGCCGCUGCCGCGGCAUCUACUGCGGUCCGGCGACACGCGGUCGCACAUCACGUUGGGCAGCUCGAUUUUGGGCGGCAUGGACGACGACGACGACAGUACAAGUGACGAUCGCGAUCGCGACGUGAAAACGACAGCAAAUGGACGACUCGAAAGCGAUGCGGACGCGGGCGCCGGCGAGAAAAACGACACGAACCAUCUCACGACCGCGAUCCGUGCCAAACCGAAGCUCGUACAAAUCAGCGAAGAAGAAGAGGACGACGACGACGAUGAUGGAGACGACGAAAACACGGGCCCUUUGAUCGACCCACUUGUGCCCUCGCUUUCGAACGAGAAAACACUCCACUACACGCGGGAACUGCGCGACUCCUCGACGCCCGAGGACCACACUCGCGAGAUGUCGGACGCGGCUGCGGCGUCAGACUCUGACGACGGCAGUUUCAUCCUAGACGUGGCCGUCGCUGACACUGUGCGCGACCAGAUGGCACAGAGGUAUCACGUGACUACGUCCUUCUCGUCCGAGCAAGAUCCGCACGCGACAGAGGGCUCUGGCAGCCCAUUCGAGGACAAGUUUCGAAUUUGA